AUGGAACCGACAAUGGAUCAAUUGCUUAAUUCAGUCAAUGAACAUCAACAACAGCAACAACAACAACAACAACAACAACAUCAAGCGCUUUCAGAACCUAUAUCACAGCAAGACCAUGACCAAGACCAAGACCAAGACCAGUCGCAAGACCAACCGCCAGAGCAAGGGCAAGAACAUGGACUUGACCAUGAGCAAGGCCCAUUAAUAACUGUGGACCCUGCAUCAACCUAUCAUAAGCCAUCGCAUGAACCUCAACGUCUUCAUUUGGUGUUUCCUACCACUAGUAACAAUAAAAAACUCAGUUUAAAGAGCCUUUCGAAAUUUGUUAUGGCAGAACGUAACGAUUCCUUUAAUUAUUACUGUCAAUUUUAUGAUGCUAAAAAGCAACAAACCUGUAACCAAGUACUUGAAUUUCAAACAAAACAAUCAAGAACAAGUCAUCAAGCUGACAAAUGUACAAGACAUCUUCUUGAAGAACAUAAUUAUAUUCCAGAUCCAAUGACCAUUCUAUAUCAAAUGGAUCACUCCUCUACAGUUUUCCAAAAUGCAUACCCAAAUGACACUUUCCAAAAGAUUCAACAAAACUUUGAAAUGACUGCACCAUCAUAUCCUAAACAAUUUAGCGAUUCAUUUAUUAGUUUUAAAAACGUUAUGGUUCAUAGUAAGAUUCCAGCAACCAUUUUGGAAAGCCCAUUUUUCUUACAUUUUGCCAAAAAUUAUAUUUCUGGAUAUGAUUCCUCUUGGACAAGAAGAAAUUAUGUCCAAUGCGUUACACAUUCAAACAUAUUAGAUGGUAGUGGGCAUCUCGUAGAUGAUUUGACAUCUUCUUCUUCCAUCAAGAAAAAUAAAAUUAAGAAACCUACAAGUAAUACUGAGAGUACUAACUCGUUGAAAAAUAAAUCAAAAAGGAAACAGAGGAAACCACCAUUACAAUCACCUCAAAUUGAACAACAAAGACUUUCUUUACAACAACAAUUACAACAACAAUUGCAAAUACAACAACAAACACAAGAAUUGGAACAACAUCAACAACAUUUCCAACAAUUACAAUUACUACCCCAACCCACCCACACACCUUCACAACAACAACAAACACAACAGCAUUUACAGAACCUACAAAAUUUGCCAUUACAGAAUCAAAGGUAA